AUGGCUCGUAGAGGUCCACCAAUGACUAUUCCUGGUUUUAAAUCACCAUUUGAAGAAUUUUCAGAAAUUGUUGAUCCCUCCGGUAAACUUAGCUUUAGUGGGAAGGCUAUUCUACACGCACAAGGAGUAGAUUUCACAGAAGGCACCAGUUACAAGAUUAAUAAGGAGGAAUUUGAGUUGAUGGAGGAACUUGGGAGAGGUCAAUAUGGAACUGUAAAGAAAGUUUUCCAUAAACCUACAAAUGUUGUCAUGGCGAUGAAGGAAACUCGAGUGGAAUUCGACAAAGAGAAAUUUAAACAUAUUCUAAUGGAGUUAAAUGUUCUUCAUAAUUCAUGUAGUCCUUACAUUGUUGAAUUUUAUGGUGCUUUCUUUAUUGAAUCGUGUGUUUUUUAUUGUAUGGAAUAUAUGGACGCUGGUUCGUUAGAUAAAUUAUAUGGUGAUGGUAUUCCAGAAAACGUAUUAGCAAAAAUUACUAUUGCUAUGGUAGAAGGCCUUAGAUUUUUAAAAGAUCAUUUAAAUAUUAUCCAUCGUGAUGUGAAGCCUACAAAUGUUCUUAUAAAUAGAAAAGGUGCAGUUAAAUUAUGUGAUUUUGGUGUUUCCGGUCAAUUAAAUAUGUCAUGUGCGAAAACCAAUAUUGGAUGUCAGAGUUAUAUGGCUCCGGAAAGAAUAACAGGUGAUCGUACUAAUUUUUAUACGGUACAAUCUGAUGUAUGGUCACUUGGACUUUCGAUGCUCGAACUUGCUACUGGAAAAUAUCCAUAUCCUAGCCCAGAUACAAGUGUUGGUAUUAGUUUAUUUGCUCAACUGAAUGCUAUUAUUCAGGGUCCUCCACCCACUCUAUCCGAAGAUAAUUUUUCUGAAGCAUGCAAAGAUUUUAUAGCUCAAUGGCAUUUACCUAAUGAACGUCCAACAUAUGCACAAUUAUUGGAACAUCCAUUUUUGAAAAAAUACGAAAAUACAGAUGUUGAUAUGAUAUCAUGGGUAGAAAAAGCAUAUGCAUCAAGGAAAGAUUUGGAGAACAACUUAUAG